UGAGAUUGCCAGAAUGUUGUUAACCGUAGCCCCCGAUGAGAUGUGCUGGUGGAUCGAUGAUCAAGGCAUGAACCCGGUUCAUAUUGCUGCCAUGAAAGGGCAUGUUGACAUCUUGAAGGUUCUGCUUGAAAAUGACUUGUCUCCUGCUAUGGAGAGACAGCAUCGAGGCCAAACUGUGUUGCAUUUGUGUGUGAAACAUCGUCAGCUUGAGACAUUGAAGUUUUUGGUGAAGAAGUUGGACAUUCUUGUGCCUUUGAAGGACGAUGAUGGGGAGAAGGCCCUUCAAUCUGGCUUGUUAGGUGCAACCGAGAUGAGAUGAUACAAUAUUUAAUGGAGAAGAAUACAAUAGAGAAGUCCAUCAUCAACGAUAUAACCGACAUGACAAUUGUGGUGGUGGGCCUGAUAGCCGCGAUGGCAU